ACCUCAAACGAAAGGAUUCAGGUUAUUUUGAAAUCAAUUUAAUUGGAAUUAUUUCGUUUUAAACAGUUAAUAAUAGUACAGUGAACUUAAAAUUGAAAAACCAUCAUGUCGCUUUUGAGAUACUUAUUCAAUAGACCAUUAUGUAAUGUUGAAAAGUUUUCUUUACUUCGUAAAUGUUAUUCUCAAAAUGCCGUGAAUUUAUCAGAUCCUGCUGUCCAGAAGUACUUGAAACAUUUAAUGCUUGAACACGAUGAACUUCACACCAAAUCUCGACGGUCAGCAGAGGAAAAUCAGAGGCUCUAUGAGAUUAAACCAAUCGUCAAUGUUCUUGAUCAAAGAAUCACUUUGUAUGAUAGCAUAGAAUCUCUAAAGGAGCUUAAUAAAAAGGAAAAUGAGGACGAGGAAGUAAGGAAAAUGAUUAAGGAGGAGGCGCAGAUAUAUCUCAAACGCAUAAAGGAAAUAGACAGCGAAUUACAGUCGGUUUUGCUAGAGCCUAAUCUUUCAGAAGGAGGUAUCCUAUUAGAGGUCACUGCCGGUGCCGGCGGUCAAGAAGCGAUGUUAUUUGCUCGAGAACUCUUUGAGCUGUAUGAAUCUUAUGCCAACUACAAAGAUUGGGAAGUGGAUAUCGCGUCUUUUGAAAAAUCAGAUAUAGGAGGGAUUAGAAAAGCGUCGAUGUUGAUAAGUGGUUAUGGGGUGCCAGAGUUAAUGUCGAUGGAGGCAGGAGUGCAUCGCGUUCAAAGAAUCCCAGCUACUGAAAAGGGUGGACGAAUUCACACGAGCACAGUAUCUGUUGCAGUUCUUCCUCAGCCUACUGAAAUUGAGUUGAACAUUCCGGAGAGAGAUAUAACGAUAGAAACGAAACGAGCAAGUGGUGCAGGUGGUCAGCAUGUGAACACUACAGACAGUGCAGUUCGACUCAUACAUGUCCCGACAGGCACAGUGGUGGAAUGCCAAGAAGGCCGGUCACAAAUCAAAAACAAAGAAAUAGCAAUGCAGAAACUAAGAACUGUCCUUCUUCAGAAACAGGUGGAGGAGCAAACAUCAAAAACUCAGCAACAGAGGAAGUCACAGGUUGGGUCGGGCAACAGAAAUGAAAAAAUUAGAACAUACAACUACCCCCAGGACAGGGUAACAGAACACCGAGAUGGAGGCAGCACCCUACACAGCCUUAAGACUUUUAUGGAGGGUGGAGAACAGCUUGAACAGCUCCAAGAAAAUCUGCUCAAGCAGCAGCGGUAUCAGGCCCUCAUUGAAGAGAUCCAGGAAUUCACCAAAAAAUAUGAAGGCAGCGGUUAAUUAAUGUAAGUUGUUAUAAUUCAUUUGUAAAUAUUAUUCAUUAGUAUAUUUAUUUAAUAAAACCAUGUUAUGUACAA